UGAUUUUAUCAUUAAAAGCUUAACGAAAUCCAAUUUGAUAUAGGUGUUCCUAUUCAGCUUAUACAAUCUUUGAUCCAUGUAAUUGCAUUUCUAGGGUUUAUUUACAACUUAAAACCUUUUGCAUCAUCUUAAUCAAAUUUCAGUUUGUCUUAGUUCUAAGAACAGAACUAGUACAUUAUUAAAAACUUUAAUAAACACUAUAUUAGAUAAUAUUAAUGCUGAGGAAGAUGAAUAUUAUAUGAGAUUCAAGGUUUUCUAAAUUUAUUAGAUUAUUAAAACUUUUUUUUUUUUCCUUACAUCUCCAUAAUUCAUAACUAGUUUACUCCCCAAUUAACCUUUUUUUUAUUCUUUUCCUUUUUUCACUUUGAUUUGGGUCUAAUUUUGUUUCCCUCAAAUUUCCCAUUUUCAGCCAUGAUUUCACUUAAACCCCGUUUGGUUCUCCUAAUAUCAGCCAUUUUCCGUGUGGGUUUAAUUUUGUUCGGUGAAUGGCAAGAUACGAAUAUGGAAGUUCGAUAUACGGAUGUAGAUUACCUUGUUUUCUCUGGUGCUGCUUCUUUAAUGGCUCCCGGUCAUUGUCCUUAUAAAAGAACCACUUACCGUUAUUCACCUUUACUUGCUUUUUUUUUUUUAUUAACCCCCAAUUCUUUUCUUUUUCAUUCUUGUGGCAAAUUUCUCUUCUCAGCGUCAGUACAAGCUGCGCUUUGGUACGGUCUUAUUCUUCACUUCAGAAUUUAUCCUAUAAUCUAUGUGCUUCCCAUUACCCUUUUUCUCAAUCCACGCUUUUUUCAAUCCGGAGUGAAACCGUUGCUUAGUGAUUGGAUUUCUGAUCAAGGGAAGCCUCGUCAAAUUAAUUCAGAAGUGACUGAUAAAAGUGUUGUGCUUAAUGUAUUGAAAAGCGUAUUCACGGGGUCAAGGAUUUUGUUUGGUCUUGUUUCCGGGACUGUUAUCCUCUUUUGCACCGGUUCUUUCUUCAGGGUAUACAGAUGGGAAUUUUACCUCGAGUUUAUACUGCAGCUAGUACUCAUUUUUUACUUAGCAAAGGAUCCCGUGUUCUGCUUCUUUGUACAGACAGUGGCAUUCGUAGCAUUCAAUAAGGUAAUCACAGCGCAGUACUUUGUAUGGUUCUUUUGUCUCUUGCCUCUUAUUUUGCCAUGGAGCAAUAUGAAGCUUAAAUGGAAAGGUCUAUGUUGCAUUUUUUUUGUGGACGGGAGCUCAAACCCACUGGUUGUAAUGGGUUUACCUGCUCGAGUUUAAAGGCAAAAAUGUCUUUCUACAGCUCUGGAUGGCGAGCUUAUUGUUUCUGGCUGUGCUAGUUCUUUCGUAUUGAUCAUGCUUAUCCGGCAUCAUAACUAAACUCCAGUAUUCAGACAGCAUACAGACUCAAAGACAACGCGAAAAAAGCGUGAGUGACAAGACAAAGUAAGUUCCUUCGAGUUGCAACCAUGUCGGAAUCUAGAAUUUUCAUCUAAUCAACGACCGGUACAUUAUACGAGCUUUAGAUUUUUUUCGCAGGGGCUUAGAUUUCAAUGCUUUCUUGCAGCGUAGCUUGUAAAAACCAUUAAUGGAGUAUCAACUUGAACAUAUUCCAAUUCCAUUUUUGCAUAUUUUUUUGUGUUUGGGCUUUCAUGUUCUUGCUUAAUUACUAGUACAUUUGCUUACUAAUUCUAUACUAAAUUUAGUAUUUUUUUUAUAUUUGUAUGUGAACACACAAUUAUGCAAAAUGGUGAAAUGCUGGUUGAGCCACUUGAAAAUUGAAA